UCUUGCUCAAACUCGGUUUCACUUGGACCAUUUCCCAUCACGCGAUGCCAUCGUCUUCCUCCUCCGUAACGAAUCCUCGUCUUCGCACUCUCCUCUCCUUCUUCAGAAAAUGGACCACAAAGGACUACACAAUCGCCGCAUUCGCCUUCAUCAUCCUCUUCUCUUUCGCUCUCAUCUCCCAAUUGCAACCCCGUUCCGAUACCCAUCUCGUUCCCUUAACCCUUCUCCGUAACGCCAACCAAAGAGGAGCGCUUUGCUUGGAUGGGAGCUCCCCCGGCUACCAUUUUCAAAAGGGGUUCGGAUCCGGAUCUCGCAAUUGGUUGCUUCACGUCGAGGGAGGAGGGUGGUGCAAUUCAAUAUCUUCGUGUUCUCAGCGAAAAAUGUCAGCUUUGGGGUCAUCAAAGUAUAUGCAGACACCAGUUCCUUUUUCAGGAAUAUUAAGCUCUGACCCUUCUCAAAAUCCCGAUUUCUUUAACUGGAACAAGGUGAAGAUACGGUAUUGUGACGGUGCAUCUUUUGCUGGUCACCCAGAAAGUGAGGUAAGCUUGAAAGGAAGUGGAUUGUUCUUCAGAGGGCAGAUCAUAUGGGAAACCAUUAUGGAUGAACUCUUAUCAAUUGGCAUGUCUAAAGCAAAACAGGCUCUGCUUUCAGGAUGCUCUGCUGGAGGGUUGGCAACUCUUGUACAUUGUGAUGACUUCCGACAAGUGCUUCCAAAGGAGGCAACUGUCAAGUGUCUUGCUGAUGCAGGCUUCUUCCUAGAUGAGAAGGAUAUUCUCGGAAAUAGCACAAUGAGAUCUUUCUAUCAUGAUGUUGUCCAGCUUCAGGGUGUUGCAAAAAGCUUGCAAAAAGAGUGCAUUGCUAAAAUGGAACCAUAUAAGUGUUUCUUUCCAUCAGAAAUUAUUAAAAACAUAAAAACUCCAGUGUUCCUUGUUCACCCAGCUUAUGAUUUCUGGCAGAUACACAAUAUUUUGGUACCUGAAGGAUCAGAUCCACGCGGUCACUGGAAAAGCUGCAGGUUGAACAUUCACAAUUGUGAUGCUAACCUGAUUGAUAUACUUCACCGUUUCCGUAGUUCUUUGCUGAAGGCUGUAAAUGAAUUUGAGCAACGAAAGGAGAUUGGAAUGUUUAUAAAUUCAUGCUUUAUCCAUUGCCAGACUUGGAUGGGAGAGACAUGGCAUUCACCCAAUUCUCCUAAAAUAAACGAUAAGACAAUUGCUGAAUCUGUUGCUGAUUGGUUCUUUGACCGAGAAGUGGUAAAGCGUAUUGACUGCCCUUAUCCAUGCAAUCCCACUUGCCAUAAUAUGGAUUUCAGCUAAGGGCUCCAUUUUUCGUUGCCAGUUUUAUCUUGGAUCUGCAUUCCUUGAAGUUCAUGAAGGAAUAUCCUCCCAUUUAUGUUCUGAGCAUGAUUUUUACCUCUAAUGAUUAUGGAUCUGGAUCCUCUAAUGUGAAAAUUCACAUGAACAGGUAAUGUGAAUCAUAACCAUACAAAGGUGGAUCAAUAGUAAAAAAAGGAGGAGAGAAAAAAAUGAUAAAAUAGGUAGUUACGAAAUUAUAACCGUUGAUUUACCUUUGUAUGGUUGUGAUCUUCCCACAUGACCGUAUCAUGUUUUUUUGGCACAUUAGAGGAUCCAUUUCCAAUGAUUAUUGAGUUAGAGAAUAUGCUUUUGGGUUGUUCAUCUUAUUCACCUGUAUGAAAUGGAUCCUACCUUCAGUAUAUAGACACAGCCAUGCAGUAUGAAGUUUCUCCUUGACCAAGUUUGGUAUCUCCUUCAUUGUUGUAAAAACUCAGUUUUAUAAUUUAUUUAUCAAUAUCUUCUGAAGUUUGUAAAUUUUUAUUGAUUUUACUC